AUGUAUUGUCGUUUAUUCCUGUCCAAAUCUAUAUCAUCUUUGGCAUCAAUAGGAUUUUCAAAUUGGAAACAGAUUAGUGAACGUUUAAAAGAACAUGAAUUAUCUAUUCCACAUAAUACAGCUCAAGAAAAAUGGAUACAAUUACGUAUGAGACUUGAUCUUCAUAAAACUGUAGAUAAUAAUAUACAAGAUAAUUUAAAUGUUGAAAAAGAACGUUGGCGUAGUAUUCUUAAACGAAUUAUUGCAUGUAUAGAAUUUUUAGCAGAACAUAAUGACGCUUUUCGUGGUACAAAUUCUAAAUUAUUUACAGCAAAUAAUGGUAAAUUUUUAGGACUAAUACAAAUGAUUGCAAAAUUUGAUAUAAUUAUGGCCGAUCAUUUGAGACACGUAUGUAAUGACGAAAUACAUGAUCAUUAUUUAGGACCUAGGAUCCAAAAUGAACUUAUAAUAUUGCUACAAAAAUACGUAAUGAAAUAA